AUGGCAAUACCUGGGGAUGGGGGUGUCCGGGCUGUGGGUGUCCAGGAUGCCGGGGGCGGGGAUGCGGGUGUCCGGGGUGUCCCACCGGUCCCGGUGCUGUGGGCGCGCUGCCAUGUGCCCUUCCGGCUGGUCCUUAACCUGCCUGCACAGCUGAGCUCCAAGGAGGGGGCCAAGGGCCUGGGCGAGCCCCCGGCCACACUGCCGACGGUGGGCACGAAUCUGACGGACCUGUUGGUCCAGAGGAAGAUCACGAUCCGGGAGCUGGGGGGGUGCAUGGGCCCCAUCUGGCCCAGUUACUACGGAGAUUGCAGUGCCGUCCUGUUCAUGAUUGACGCUGCCAACCCCACCCAGGUCUCCUCGUCCUGCAUUCAGCUGCUGUCCCUCCUCUCUGCAGAGCAGCUCGCCUCCGUGUCUGUGCUGAUCCUCUUCAAUAAGAUUGAUCUGCCCUGCUACAUGUCACUGGUGGAGAUGAAGUCGCUGUUCCGCAUGCAGGACAUUGUCUCCUGCGCAACGCAGCCCAUCACGAUGGUGGAGACCAGCGCCCGCGAUGGCACCGGCCUGCCUGACGUCCUGCAGUGGCUUCAGGCCACCCUCCGAGAUCCCAGCUGACCCCGAGCCCUGCCAUUCCUCGGCUGUCUGGGCUAAGGAAAGGAUUUGUGGCAGCUCACACUUAGCCUGUCACCCAGAUGGGGCUCCAGGGACUGAAGGAGGUGGCUGGAACAGCUGCCUGCAGCUGUGAGUAGGGCUGAGGGCAAUGACACGGGCUGAUGGUAGGAAAUAGCUCUUUGAGACGUCACAGUAAAACUAUGAAGCCUCAAGACUUCCUCCGUGUUAUCCAUAUUGGCAGUUGUCCUGUGACGGUGGGGGUGGAAAGUCCUGCCUUUCACAGGAAGGAUGAGCAGGAAUCUCAGAGACCAGACUCUCCUUUCUGCGUCAAUCCAUCCUUAGCCCCUUCUAAGGCAGAGCUCUGCCUUCAAGCUCUCCUGCCAGGACUGCUGCAGUGCUCCCAGACUCCCCUCUGUGGGGUUAGGGGGGGCAGGUGGAUCAGGUCAGUCCCUGCCCUGCUCUUUUUUUGGGGCUGGAGUGGACUGUCCAUGUCACUCAUCUGCCCCAGAUUCUGGAGUCCAUCUGCAAGUAAAACCCUGCUGAGGAGUUACAACAAGCAAAAGCCCACAGCCAGUUUAAAGAAAAGCAUACAGCUCUUGUCUCCAGAGGUAGUGCUGUAUCUUGCAAGAGCAGAAAACUAUAGGCUUUGGAUCUGUGUAAAGAUGAAAGAUAAGGGCUUCAUGGAGGCACAGUCUCUGCUGCAAAUCAGCAGGUACACAAUGAAAAACUAUGUAAACAUGUUGUUUAUUUACAUAGAUUAAAAGCAACAGGAAUCCCA